CCCCUGAAGUCCUGACAUUAGAUAAGCCCACAGAGUGACGUCCAGAAGGUGGGAGCUGAUUCUGAACGUAGCCAACGGGGAGCAGCUCUGAAUCCGAGCCUGUCAAACACAACACAGCCAACAUGGCGGACUGGGACUCUGAGAACUUCGAGCCGGACGAGCCGCUUAAAAAGGCGGCAGCAGCAGCAGCAGUGGUGGACAAAUGGGAAGGCGAAGACGAAGAGGAAGAUGUUAAGGACAACUGGGAUGAUGAGGAGGAAGAUGAGUCAAAAAAAGGAGAUGUGACAAAAACAGAAACAAAAGUUUCUGAGAAGAAAAAGUUGAGUGAGAAGAUCAAAGAGAAGGAAAACCGGCUAAAGAAAAAACAGCAGGAGCUCAAGGAGAAAGAGCUGCAGGAUCAAGAUGAAGAUCUCACACCUGAGGAUCAACUUGCAGAGAAGUUAAGAGUGAAGAAAUUACAGGAAGACUCUGACUUGGAGCUAGCAAAAGAUGCUUUUGGUGUCAGCAGCGCUUCUUCAAACAGUGUCACUGGGAUCGACGCCAUGUGCCCCUCCUCCAAAGAAGACUUCACAGAGUUUGAAAAGUUGCUGAAAGAAAAGAUAACCCAGUUUGAAAAAUCUGUGCAUUAUUCAAGUUUCUUGGAUUCAUUGUUUCGGGAACUCUGUAUUUCAUUGGAAGUAGAGGACUUGAAGAAAGUCAGUAAUUCCUUGACAGUCCUACUUAGUGAAAAACAGAAACAAGAAAAACAAAACAAAGGAAAGAAAAAGAAGAAAGGAGUCGUACCUGGAGGCGGUUUAAAAGCACAGAUGAGAGAUGACCUUGACUAUGCAGAGUUUGACGGUGGCUACGCCCAAGACUACGAGGACUUCAUGUGACACUGGCUGCAUUGCCACUGCCCUUUCCCCUUCUCCACCCUCAGAAAUGCAGCUGUACCUUCUCAUGCUGUCCAGUGCCAUCCUGGAAAAUCUGAACUAUGUGUUGCCCCCAUUCAUUUUGCUUCAAUGACCAGAGAGACUAUACCAGGGAGCAUCCAGUUACAUCAACUCUUUAUGUUCAUACAUAUGGAAUUGCCUUUUCUCUGUCUCAUUCAGCCUCAACUCAAACACGCAUAAUCAUAUAGUAUCUGUUGGAAGACCAAGCUUCAGUGAAGAGCUCAUCAUGACUGCUGUUGUCUGAGUUUUGCAGGUCUCAUUUUUAUUAAAUGUUGCUCCUGUUAAAAUGGCAGAUACAGUAUUGCAGUUAUAAGUGUAGUGACAUAGAAACACAAGGUUCUAUGCAAAUCCUUUAACCAGAAUGUCAUGUAUAUAUUAUAGGUCCGACUUUCCUGUGGAUGGUUUUCCAACCAGGAGGUAAAAAGUAUCUAACUUUGGUUGCCAAAUUCAGAACGAUUAUCCAAUACAUUAUUCAUCUUUAUUUCUGGACAGGUUGCGAUGUGGGCAAAUUGAGACUGAAGCAACAUGUAAGUAGUAGUUGUAAUUUUACAGAGAGCACAUGACAUUCAUUGUAAGGUAAAAGGGAUAGAUGAGUAAAAUAAAUGUGACUUUAAAAACCUAACAGCCAUUCUCUUGAUACAUCUCUGGAUUAUCCUUGAAAACAUGGAGCAAAGAGUGCUUAUAGGUAUUUUCUGUGCAUGACGAAUAUGUAAUUUACUUAUUUGAUUUCUACUAAUGCAGAAAAUUAUGGAUCAGGCAAGUGGACUAACUUGCUACAACUGGUCUCCUAAUCAUUGCUUCUGCAGGCUUGUAUCAAGUGUGAUGAGGAGCGGGGGCUUAUUGGCUUCACCCCACCAUGUCUUCAUAUGGGCUACAGUCGAAAAGGGUUCUUUUCUCCUUUUCUUUCCUAGCACUUGACCAGUUUCAUUGCUAAAUGGACAAUUGGAUUCAUACAAUGUGGAAGAUACAGCAUCUGCAAUGUUUUAUAAGCAUCUAAUUUAAUAAAUCACUGGUCAAAAGGA